UGUGUUGAGAAGGAAAACAAGCGCUCCCCGGGCUAACGCGGGAAACGUUACUGUGGUUCAGUGUUUUGCAUGGAGGAUCCGUGCUCAUCCCCACCCUGACAUAUGCUAUAAGCAGGCGAAUGAACCUUCAUACCCCGGGUAGUGGUCUCAGUCUGACCCGAGCAGGUUUACCCCAACCCGGAGCUCCUUCCCCGGGCUGUCGGUGAGUCCGGAGCCCGCUCAGCAACCUCGUAGUAGCGGCUCGGUGCAUGUCGGUCCACGCACUGCUCGUCAACUGUCGUCUCCUCAUUAGCCACCGAGCGGCUGUUAGCUCCCGCACAAAGAGAGCAGUGUUGCUAACCGGCUGAACAAAGUUACCCCGGACAUGGACACGUUCCAGAAGGUGGAGAAGAUCGGAGAGGGGACGUAUGGAGUGGUGUACAAGGCCAAGAACAAAGUCACCGGGGAAACCGUGGCUCUGAAGAAGAUCAGACUGGACACGGAAACAGAGGGUGUACCUAGCACCGCCAUCCGAGAGAUUUCCCUUCUCAAAGAGCUCAGUCACCCAAAUAUUGUCAAACUGCGAGACGUCAUCCACACAGAGAACAAGCUCUACCUGGUUUUUGAGUUCCUUAAUCAGGAUUUAAAGAAGUUCAUGGACUCAUCGUCUGUCAAUGGCAUCCCAAUGCCCCUAGUGAAGAGUUAUCUCUUCCAGCUGCUGCAAGGCCUGGCCUUCUGCCACUCCCACAGGGUCCUGCAUCGAGACCUGAAGCCACAGAACCUCCUCAUCAAUGCUCUGGGGGAGAUCAAGCUCGCUGACUUUGGCCUUGCAAGAGCCUUCGGAGUACCUGUUCGCACAUACACACACGAGGUGGUAACACUUUGGUACAGAGCACCAGAAAUUCUCCUGGGCUGCAAAUACUAUUCCACAGCUGUUGACAUCUGGAGUCUAGGCUGCAUCUUUGCUGAAAUGAUCACCAGGAGGGCCUUGUUCCCCGGCGACUCAGAGAUUGAUCAGUUAUUCAGAAUCUUCCGCACCUUGGGCACACCCGAUGAGACGGUCUGGCCCGGAGUGACAUCAAUGCCCGACUACAAACCAUCUUUCCCAAAGUGGGCCAGACAGGAUUUAUCCAAAGUGGUUCCUCUUCUUGAUGAGGAUGGAAGAGAAUUGCUGGGAGAGAUGCUGAAUUACGAUCCAAACAAAAGGUUAUCUGCAAAAAACGCCCUUGUACAUCGAUUCUUCCGUGACGUCACCAUGCCAGUUCCUCACCUGAGACUCUGAGUCCAGCUAAAUAUCAGGCCGUUUCUCUGCCAAAUGUGUGCGAGCUUCGCAGCUCAGCUUCCUUUCAGGACCUCAGCCUCUUUUCAGGAACAGUGGACACUACAGGAUGUGUUUGAUCCUUUCAUGAAUAUUUGAUAAAACCCCAAAAGCUUUUCAUAGCAUAGCUGUCCUGAAUGUUGUUCCGUUCUGUUCAGCCAUGAUGUUGUAAUAGUUAUAAAUGUUUAGCUGUAUUUUUCAAUAUCAUAAGUUUGCACAUAUGUGCAGCGGCCUUUUUGUUGAUGUUAAUGUUAUUUGGGAUUAGGAUGGUCUGGCAGACGCACUCUAGUCACGUGCCAUUAAGUUUCCCAAUGAAUCUAUAUUUUGGCUUUAGGAUCUCUACGUUCAAAUAGCCAAAUAGUUAGAAGUAAAUGUUAUUUCAUACAUUUGUGGGAUAGUGCAAAUAACAGAUGAUGAUGGGGUCGGCACAAGUUGUCCCACAGCAGAACUCGUCAGCUGAUGUUGGAAACAAGACUAUAACUCUGUUUCCUUAGUUUGAUGGUUCUACCAGUUUGAUUCAGAAAUGGGGUCCAGAGUAUCUUGAAGUGACUUUUAAAACUGCACUUUUGGUUGGUAAACAAAAAGAAAAGCUCCUGUUUAUUCGCUGACCAAACUGAAGUUCUUAGCUUUUAUACAUACAGUACAGUUGUGAUGUUCGCAUGUAAUUCCGAUUUUACAGAAUUUAAUAUGCUGUUGCAUUUUUCUUACUCUAGAUUUUAUCAAAACUGAUUGAGCGGUUUUUAUUCACAGUUUAAAAA